AUGGUUUCGUUCCUUCUUGUUGUUUCGAUGCUCAGCUUGUUGUCAUCGUUGGCAUCGGCCAACGUCGUCGUACCACAGACCUGUGGAACCUUUCCGUCGUCUGAUCGCUGCCCCAGAGGAUGCUACUACGCAAAUGCUCCAGUCAAACUCCCAAACAACAUGAUCGAGUGCGUGCAAGUCGGACAAGGCUACUACAGUGGAGAUGACGACAACUUUCGCCACCCGUGCUCAACUGGUGAAUUCUCGAACAUCGUAGACGCUUGGUAUUGCAGACAAUGCCCAAAGGGUUCCUUCUCACAAGGUCUCGGCAACAGCGAGUGCACACUCUGCCCAUCGGGAACGUAUCAAGACUUGUAUGGGCGUGCUUGGUGCAAACCUUGCAACAGCGACUAUCUUUGGCCAUUCCCUGGAGCCGAUUCUGUGUUCUUCGCUUUCAAUAGCACGUCUUACUGCGAUUUCGAGCGUCGAGUCUUGACUACAGCUCCUUCUCGCGCCCCCUCUCUUUCGCCGACAACGUCGAACAGCCCUUCCGCUAGCGCAGUUCCUUCUGGUUCUCCCUCGGAUGCCCAAAGUCCAAGUUCCAUGCCCUCUGUAUCGACACUUCCAUCAUCACUUCCAACCCCCAGCCCCACUCUCAGGCCAUCGCAGUUCCCAAGCACAAUUCCUUCGGUCAAUCCGACAACGGCAUCCUUUGAAGCAACAACGAAACCAAGUAUGGAAUCGCCAAGCCCUUCCUCCUUUCCGAGCCUCAUGCCGACAAGCGAAGAAGGCAAGAUUCCCAAUGGUCCGGGGAGACGAACAUUGUUGUCGGCAUCGGUAGUGAUUGCCUUGAGUUCUAUCUGCUGCUGCUGGUUUCUUGGCCGAAAGAAUCGAGUUCACUCGUAUUCUACGGAAACUCAUUACGAUUCCAUGCUUUCACCUUGCGAGUCAAAGGCGGAAGAGGACGAGUCCACGUCAGCGGCACUGGAUGGCGAAGGAAUCAUUGGCGCCGAAAUGCGAGAUUACUUGGAUGGUGCCAACGUCUAUGACGCCGAUUUCGAGGAGCAGGAAAUGGAUCUGUCAGGAGAAAUAGACGAUAUUGAGCUACAAGACCAAUCAGAUCCUACUGUUCCGUUUAUUCAUCCAAAUGACAUCAUUGGCGAAACUAUAAUUGAAGAGACCGAAGGAGAUGUUACCGAAAACCACGAAGGCUCAGAGUGGAACAACCACGGCGAAAACACAGAACACCACGACGGUGACACUGAAAAUCGCGACGACGACGACACGGAAUGGGGGAGCACCGUUGCGCAGGCUUCUUUUACGCCUCAGGCCGCACGAUCAGUGGGCAGUCCUGCCUCGACUGAUUCAGGAGGAGAGAGUGCGUUUGCACUAGAAGAUACUGCUGAAGUUGCAGUUCAUCAAAAGGCCAUGCCGCCUGCAGAGUGGGGCAUCCGAAACCCCGGCUGCAAUACCGCUUCUGUCGACACUGUUGCCUUGUAG